UCCCAUUCACCACUUCCUUCCCUUUUCGACCUUUGCGUCACGCCUUCCGCCUUCACACACUCACACACCCACACCUACUUAAGGGCUCCCACUCUCCCCGAGUUCCCUUCUCUUCAACAACCACCUCGACUUCUUAUUGUUCAACCCUAGCAUACUUCAACCUUCAUCAACCAAAAUGCUUGCUCGCAGCUUUGCCCGCGUCGCCUCCAAGCGCGUCGCUCCUCGUGCCGCCACCGCCGUUCGCGGCUUCAAGACUGUUCAGCAGCAGCAGAACGCUGAAGAGAUCCGCGCUGGAAAGGUGCCCAUCGUUUCCUACAAGGAUGGCAUGAGAGAGGAAAUUGAACUCCCUGUUGAGCAGCAGAACGGCCCUGUUGCUCCCGCUGGUGCCGAUGACAGGAAGGUUGCCGUUCCCCUCGAGAAGUCCAUCCUUUCCAAGUUGAACCCCACCAUGGCGAAGUUCACUCUUCCCGGCAAGGUUGCCGUUGUCACUGGUGGUGGCCGUGGUCUUGGCUUCAACAUGGCUCAGGCUCUCGCCGAGGUCGGCGUCAGCGGCAUUGCCAUCAUGGACGUCCAGCAGAAGCUGGGUGAGGAAGCUGCUCGUGAGCUGUCCGAGCAGACUGGCGUCGACGUCCGUUUCUACCAGGUCGAUGUCCGUGAUGGCGGUGCCAUCAACCAGGCCGUCUCCGACAUUGUUGACCACUAUGGUCAGAUUGACGUUCUUUUGAACGCUGCUGGUAUUGCCGACUCCAACAUCAAGGCCGAGAACUACGACACCGAGAUGUUCCGCCGUCUUGUCGACAUCAACCUGACUGGUGCUUUCCUUGUUGCGCAGGCCGUCGGAAAGCAGAUGAUCAAGUCUAAGAACGGCGGCUCCAUGAUUCUUGUUGCGUCGAUGUCUGGCUCCAUCGUCAACUAUCCUCAGGAGCAGAGCUGCUACAACGCCUCCAAGGCGGGUGUCAUUCAGCUUACCAAGUCCCUUGCCACUGAGUGGGCCCGCCACGGUAUCCGUGUCAACUCCAUCUCUCCUGGCUACAUGGACACUGCGCUUAACCGCGUCCCUGCUCUUGAUGCCCAGAAGAAGAUCUGGAUCGACCAGACUCCUCAGAAGCGCCUUGGUGCCGUCGACGACCUGAACAACCUGGCCGUCUACCUCGCUUCCCCCGCCAGCGCCUUCAUGACCGGCGCUAACAACAUCAUCGACGGUGGCUACACCCUUUGGUAAGCGUCUCGCUUUGAGCGUUUUUACUUCCUGGUCAACCGUUCGACACGAUACCCGACCAAAAACAUGUCCAUUUUCAGCAUCAUCGGUUUUCUUCUUUGCGGGACUCGCUUAGCACGGGCUUCACACACGGUUUCGAUAGACUACUCGCGGUGGGAGACAUCGCAAGCGUUGGCGUUUUAACGGUGGGAAUAGACCUCUUUCCCUGAAAUGUAGACGCACAUGGUGCAUAGGUUAGACGAUUAUUUGCAGCUGCCUACGGGGAUUGCUGCCCGUAGAUGAGCCCAAGAC